ACUGGCGGGCACGAGCGCAGUCGUGCCAGGCCGUGCGCCGUGCUGUAGGCGACUCGCCAGUCGUCCAGCGUUUCGGCGACUUCGGGCAGAAAGUGUAUGGGGCAGCGAGUAUGACAGCUACUCGGGGAAUGGCUCCAGCGUCGUGGUCUCUGCAGAGUGUGAUCCUGAUCGUAGCACUUGUGUCAUGGCAAAGCGCAAGCGCGGAUCUGGACACAGCUGCCAUGAGCCAGAGCCUGGAGCCCCGGCAGGUGUACCCGUUCCGGCGGUAUGGAGAUGUGACGCUGCUGCCGUUUGUCAUCGCGCAGGGCACACACUCGGCCACCUGGGCCUUCAAGGCCAAUAUCAGCAGCCACUGCAGGCCGGACGUCGUCCACCUGCACCUACAGUUUGGAGGGCUGCCCGUGUUGAGCCCCCUGAAUGCUUCUUUUCCUGACGACUUUGUCACCAAGCGGCAGCGGCUGCGCAGCCUCCAUUUUGCCACGGAUUCUGAGCUGCGCUUUGUCAACAUAAGCUCACCUGACCCCGGCCAGUGGUUCGCGGCAGCUUUCACGCUAGAUCAUCAUGAACGGAUUUUGCAGAAGGGCCUGUUCGCACCCUGUGAAGUGUACCUUUCAAGCUCGCUGACCCCAUACCUGCUGGAAGAGGUUGUUGACCUCCUGCCCGCCCAGGCCACCACACACCGCAUUGCCAAGCCCACGUACUUCAGAUUUGCAACGUCGCGGGAGAUGUGGAGCCUGGACUUCACCCUAUCCGAGUGUAAAUUUCAAGGCAAUGGCACUGCAGACUCAUGCCCGCUGGUAAUUAGUGCUACUGCCGAGGUUCCUCCCAUGCCCCAAAGUGACGGAGUUGACAUUGAGGUGUCGCGACGAACUACCACGGUUGACUGUUCGGAGAAUGGGACCUGCGGUGGCACCAUGAUUUCAGCUGUGGAUGCAUGGAACUACAUUCUAGUCCAACCGACUAUAGAUGAUGCUGUGGAGUUCAAAAUCCUUCUGUCCCCAUUUGACUGCAGGACAGCACAUGUGAGCCCCGCCGUCAAGAGCAGGAGGAAGGAGAACCUGGAAAUGCUGGAGAAGAUGCUCAGUGCCAAUGCAACCACACUCAGGACGGUUCUCCAGGAAUAUCUACGAGUACCCAAAUUUUCUGAUUCCUGCUGGCCGUCUCACGAGCUUGCGCAUGUGAACAUGCCCGGGACAUUUGAGUACGGCUACCGACUGGAUCCAGGCCCGGACGAGUCCAACUUCACGUCUGUCUUUAAUGUGAGCCUGCACGAGCCAACGCUCAUCACAUUCCGAGUGUUUCCAGUCUUGGACUCUGGUGGAACACUGUCUAUCAAUUUGCAUCUCAUCAGCCCAGGCAAGGACGAGCACACGCCAACCAAUGUGAGCCUGCGGGCAGUGUUGGCAUACGGGUCACGACCUCCGCUCAACGAGGACCAAAAGUCAUGGGAGUGGGGCAAUGAGUUCCAAGUGAACACCAGCAGUGAUGACCACUCCAGGACAGUGCUGCAUGUUCCAUUCCCAGAGUUUGGGCUCUGGUUCCUUGGGCUGUUGCCGCUAUGCUAUCUCGAUGACGGUGGCAAUUCCAGUGAGCCAAACUGGGUUCCCUGCGAGAUGGAAUUGAUGCAAGUGGAACUCAGCAUCAACUCUACAGCCUGCCUGAACAACAAGUGUGGUCUCUUUGGUCGCUGCUUUCAGUACAUCAGCGGAGGGAUGAUCUUCAGCAGCUGUUACUGCACAUCCGGCUAUCGUGGCUGGGGGUGUACGGAUGGCCGGGAAGCCCGCCACUAUUCAUACAUGUUGACUGAACUGCUACUGCUAACGCUCAGCAACCUCUUCUUCAUGCCUGCUGUGCUGCUGGCCUUGUACCGACGCCACUUCCUCGAGGGCCUGGUCUACCUCACCACCAUGUGUGCCUCUGCGUUAUACCACGCCUGCGAUGCGGACCUGUCCCCCAUCUGCGUGCUGAGGCCAAGCGUGCUUCAGUAUUGCGACUUCCUCACAGCUGUGGUGUCGCUCUGGGUUACUUUGCUCUGCCUGGCCGAGGUCUCAACGCCACUGCGCACCCUUGUGUCGACCUUUGGCACCCUGUGCAUCGCCAUCGCUGUUGAGAAUGAUCGCACAGGAUUUCUUGUCAUUGCUCUGCCGGCGGGCCUGGGCUUGACACUUGUGUUUGGCUCCUGGGUUAGGCAGUGUGCCACACGAAGGAGCUGCUUCCCACAUCCACGUUUCUGGCUGAUAAGCCUGGCACCCGCUGCUGCACUGGGCGUUGUAGGUGCGGCGCUCUAUUUGGGAUUCGAGACACGCCGCAAUUAUGCCUAUGUGCACAGUGCAUGGCACGCUCUGGUUGGCCUCUCGCUCUUCCUGGUCCUGCCGCCAAAGCGGCGGUGCCAAUCAGCUGCUGAGAAGAAGGAAUCCGUGAACACAUGCAGUUAUGUUAGGGUGGAGGAACUGAGCGACAUGAUGCCAACACCGGAGCUGCCGUCGGCACAUGCACCCUUGGUGAUAGCAAGAGUCACGUGAUGAGUGGGAAGAUGUCAGUCUUUCACGGUGAAUUCGGCAGCUUCCUGUUAGGCUGCUUUGAGGACUUGUGUUCUGAAGUGAGAUUGGUAUUCAUCGCCGCAGUGCCAAUGGACAUCUAAGGCUGGCUGCAACAACGUUGAGGCAGGACCUCAGUGUGACUUGCCAUCAGCGUAAAUUGAAAUGCGAACAGGUUUAAGUAUCCUAGAGCAGGUUUUGCGCACAAUAAUAUGAAUGUGCAUUGUAGUAUUUCUGUAGGUGCAUUUGCUUAACGUUGGUUUCCUUAGCAAUGCAUUCGGAGAACAGAUGACACUGUUAUUCCUCGUGCAGGCGAACGUAGACAUAAGAGCACAUGUUCCAGUCUGGUAUGACUUGUUUGCAUUUGAAAUUACGUUGGUAGUACAUGUUGGUGAGAAGUGUGUGUCAUUUGCCUGCUUAUUGAAGCAUGACAACAUUUUGUUGUUAUGCUGAUGUGGUUCUAUUUGUGACACACGUAUACAUAACGUAUACCUGUUUGCUCUAUAUAAGAUCAUCGACGUAGUCUAUCCAGUUGCUUAUUAGUUGUGUGGAGUGCUCGACUAACAGCUAAGUAACACGUUUGCAGAUGCAUGUAGGCAAUAUAAUGUAUUUCUUGCUCCAGUACAGUUACUGGGCUUUUGCAAUGUGAUAUGCAGUGUUACACACCCAUCACUUCCAGUCAUACUUGCCUAAUUUUUGUUUUUCUUCUCGGAAGAAGUGAACACUUAUGUCUUUUAUCAGCUGUAGCCAAUUCUAGGAGGUCAAAUGCCUUGUUGUGUUCUCUUUAUUUGCAAACUACAUUCAGCACAGGGUCAAAUCAUUCAGGAUGCAAGUUAUUUGGACCACGGUUCUUUAAAAUGGAUUCCAAACAAGAGGGAGGUUCACAGGAAGAUGGAGGCUUGAAGUGAUCAACUACGGUCGGGCAAGGGUUGUCGCUGGGUACUCGAAUCCAUUUUAAAGUGAUUAGCUGUGGCCAAACGAUUUAUACACUACACUCGGCACAGAGUAUAACCAUUCUGAAUGGGAGUUGGGAGUUUGCACUAUGGUUCACCAAUAUGAAUUGAAUAUUGCACACACUACUUACUGUUUAAGCGGGAUUGGAGACAUGACCAAUUAACAGUGUCCAGUGUUGCAGGGUGAGAAUUCAGAGUGCGUGACGAGCGAGGGCAUUCAGCAGUGUACUCCCUCCACUGUGUGUGUCUACUCUCUUGGAAAAUAAUAUGGCACGAGGGUGGAGGCUAUCACAGUAUGCACUAAUACUUGAGUCUUCACUAGGCAAAGUGGCCCAGGCUGCACUUGUGGCAGCGGACAACACUGUAACACAGACACACAAAUUGUAGGGAAACAUAUAUGUUCAGGCGACGUCCCUUAAUUUGAUCCUGAGGGGACCAACGAAAUUGGUCGAAUUAUCUGACAGGUCGAAUUAAACAAUGUGCAUAAAAGACGCCAAAACACUGCUGAUUCAUUGGGCAGUAUUUGUGCAAUUCUAAAACAGCCUCGUAUGAAAGGUGUGCCAGGUUUCUGUGUCCAAACUAGGAAACUAACGUAAAAAUGACAUCAAAUCUCCUAAACAAAGUAUAAAUAUAAUGCACACCCAAUAUUUUAGCAAUAACAAUAGCCAAGGGUCUAAUAUGUGUUGUUCAAUGGCAGCCGCUGUUGCUUAAGACAGCUUAGCCGCACAGUUAUUGAACUUGGCUUCGCUGCAAGAUAACCACAUUAUGCGGUCAAGUGUACAGACGCCGCAGAGACAUUUUUGGUUUCGUAUCAUAUAGCACUGUCCAAGCAAUUUUUUUACAAACUUUCCUGGAAAAAAAGAAAGAUGCACAUUAGAAUAGGGUAAAUACUGUAAUAAUUCACUGUGGGCUACCGUUUUUAUUGAAAAUCUUCCCGUGACAGGCCCAAAGUAGGCAUUCUUGGCAAGAAAUGACGCAUGUUCGGUGCGUUUCCUGUACCCUAAGCGCUGCCGAGACGUACGCUGCUGCUAUACAAGUCACCGCUGAGGUCACCAUAAGGGUAGGGUGUGUGCAUGAUGACUAGCCAAGUUCGAAUUAUCUGGCAAAGACUAAUUUCAGGAUCGAAAUAAUGAUAGUUUUGUCCUAUAGUAUGUAUAAUGUAUGGGUGUUGCCUGGGAGCUUUGGUCGAGAUCGAAUUAAUAGAAGCCGACUGUAUUCGUACGAGUACACUCAUGACUGGUUGGCAUUGUUUGUAGCUUCCGCUUCCAAAACAUGUGAAGCAUAGUACAGUCAAACCCACUCGCAACACUCCCAUGUAUAAUGGAUCUAUCAGUUUUGAGUACAAGACUUGUGCUACCAUACACAUUAGAAUGAGAAGAAAGAGGGUUAACCGAGGGGCCCAAUUUCUUCUCAUUCAUUACAUAAUGAGGGUCUCGAAUCCAGCAACAUUGAUGCCUUCAGGUACCACGUGUAGGUUUAUUGACCAGUUGCUUUCACCCAAAAAGAUCACGUACUCGUGACACCUGCAUCAGAAAAGACGUUCCAAAUUUGCCGUCAAGGUUCAUGAGUGGUGGCACUGGCUAACACUCCCAAGGUUGGUUGUAGUAGUAAAAAAAAAAUAAAUACCCAAGAAAGUAGGUGGGAAAAUGGCACCGUGGUAGCUAAAUUGGAGUAUUGCACACAUAAUGCAAAGACGUGGGAUUGUUCCCCACCUGCGCCAACUUUAUUCAUCCACUUUCGUUGCCAUUAAUUUAUCAUUUCUUUAAUUCAAUUAGUAAGUGCAAGUAAUUUCCCCUAUGUGGUCCUUGGUGUCUUUGUUGGCUUCUUAUCAUACAUGUUAGAGCUACACUAUGGUAAGCCCAAAUAUGAUAAAUUACUAAUACAAUGCUUGCUUUUCAGGAAAUUAUCUGAUUUCUUAUGAGGGGUUUAUACUGUAUAGCUGAAAUACAAUAUGUGAGGUAAUCAAUAAAAAAAAGGCUUCGACAUGACCUGUGCCAACUACAGAGAGCAGUGAAUGCAUGAAGCCAGUGUCAACCAGUGAGCAGUUAUUGAAAGUUGUGCACAGCUUCUUUUCUGUUUUUUCAUGGAAUGCCUCUGUGAUGACAUCAAUUUUGAAUAGCAUACAGGUGGUGGAAAGGACGGUGUUAAUAUGUUUCUGGUGACAACAUAGGUUGCCUUGGAGACAGUAAUGCCUUUAAUGAAAAUGAGAAAGCUAGAGAAGGCACGCUAGUGCAUCUUUGAUUCUUGUUUAUUUGUGGUAAAGACUGGUGUGACGUUAACCAUAAGUUACGGUGAACCUUUUGUGCUGGUGACUGUGAUGAUCCCAGUGCAAGGUGCUUAUCUAUGUUGCACAGAAUUGGCAGUGUUACUAGUGUUGGUCAUAGCUGCCAUUAAAAUUUAUGUACUAGUGUUCACAAGUGUUACUGCCAUACUGCCACAGAUUGCCAUUUUUUUGCAGUCACAUUGUCUGGCUGACAGCCAGCCCCUGUGGCUUUACGUGAAGCUUCACAUGGAGUUCAACUCUGGUUUUCUUUUUUUCUAUUCAUGGGAAAUGUAGAAAUGCUCUUGCUGGGCAAACACUGCAUUGAUCUAAACGAAAUAUGUUUCAUUUAAAAGAAAAAUUUUAACUCUUGUGAUUACAGUAAGCACAAUUUUGAGUUCCCAAUCUCUUGCUUAUAUAUUAAGCAGACAUUGUUAAGGUUAUAACCUGUGUGCCUUGGCAGCAAAAGAAGCUAUAAAUAUCUGUAAAUUGCACCUUUUUGAUUGUUUAAAGCAGACAAUAUUGGCAUCUUGCACUGCAACAUACUCAUAUGUUAUUACAGGGAUUUUGUAGAAAGAAUUCACUUAACAUGGUAACGAUUCAUGCAUAGUGUAAUUUAACAUUGAACUUUGUAUGUUUUGUAUAAUUAAAAUUUUACAUCACUCCAAUAUACUUCACAAAACUUCAGAUUCCAUUACGGUUGUAAAUGUGGCAUUGCAGCAUCUUCAUUAUUUUUAUAACUUGCAAUUUUUUAUAAAGGGUUCACAACGUACAUUCACUGGACUUGGAACAUUUUAUUUUAAACAACAAAAAGCUCUGUUCAAAUCUGUAGGCAGUAAUGAGAGAAUGUCUGUGCUUACUUUGUAUGUGAAUGGGCAGAUCAGAGUUGGGUGAAGCUUUGUGAAGCUGAAAGCCAUGUAAGUUGCUUUAGUUAGUGAAUAGUAAAUGGCCAUACAUUAAGCAGUGAGCAGACUUUUUUUUCUGUGCAUGUUAGUCAGUUGGUGGCUAUUAAUUGAGGCUAUCAAGUGCAGCUAAUUCACAUACCUUGAUGCGCUCUGUGCCUUUAAAGUAAUGCCUUUGUUAGGAAUACAAUGGAAUUUUUUUGUUGGACUUAGGCAUGGAAGAAGUUUUUCAUGACGCUGUCAUAACUUCACUAUGAAAUUGCAUUGUUGGCUCAUUCAUUUUAUGAUUCCUUGCUGUUCCCACUUUUGUCUUGUGCUUGUAUAAUUAAUGUGGUAUGCAUUUUGCUGUGAUGUUUAUUGACUAUUUUUUAAAAUUGUUCUUAUCCGUCGCAUGUACACUGCAGUUCAGAUACUUGCCAUCAUUUUAAUAAUUAGUUUAUAAAAUGUGUUUUGUUCUUGCCAUACAGACGGGCUUUGCAUAAAAUGAUCACCCAGAUUUUGCCACGAUCUUGCUCUCACAAACAUAUAUAUAUGUGUAAGAAGACAAACUAAGUUCCAUUAGGAGGCUAAGCACCAACCCCAAGUGGGUGCCCGUGUGUGCAUCUAUGCUGGCGAGGAUACUGAGGAGAUCAUUUAUGCUAGUCCUGCAAAGUAUUGCAAUGGUGCCAUGUCUUUAAAUGCCAGCACUGACUUUUGUCAGUAGUUUACAGGUACAGUCGAAUGCCUUUAUGACGAAGUGCUUGGGGCCUUCGAAAUUGCUGUUGUACAGGUCACUUUGUUGUACAGGUUGUGCACUGCACAGCUCAUGAUAGAACCGGGACAGAAUUAUUCCUUCGUUAUACGGGCCUUGUCAUUGUAGAGGUGUUCGUUGUAGAGACACUCAGCUUUAUCCCUUUUCUGAAGCAGUCCCACGGCUGCCAUGUUUUUGCAUGUGUGGUGCGUUCUUGAUGUGAUAGCUGUGGCUACAACGUAGACUGUGACUUUUUUGUUCUAAUUGGUUGACUAUUUUCAUGACAAGUUGGAGCUGCCAUUGUACUCGAACAGUUGUCUGAGCCAGACAUUCUCUGGGCUAUUUAUUAUUACUGCUGUGGAAUGUAGAAUGGGGACAAAUGUUUAUAAAUUUCAUUUUAUACUAUGGAAUAGGUGUGAUGCUUGUUUGUGAUCUUUUGAGGUCUCAUCCUUCACUGAAGAAUUUAGGUUUUCAUGAUAGAAGUUCACUAGUUUUGUAACGCUAUUUGCAUUGAAAUGUGAGCAAGUAGAACUUCAAUUUUGUGGAGACCUUUAUGCUUUACUUUCAUAAUAAAACAUUGAUGUAGUAGCA